AUGAAACAACACACCAAUUACAACACCAGCAGCAAUAGCUGCAAUGAUGAAGGGAGCAUUGUAAAUGUUCCUUUCUCUUGGGAACACAAACCUGGUCUCUCUAAAGUCACUACUCAUGGCCACAAUGGCUCUAGCUUGGUGCUUCAGCCUCCUCCAUGUUCAUCAUCAGAUCAUAGACACAAAGAGGAGGAGGAGGAGUCUCAGAUUCUGUGUGCAGUGCAGACCUCCCUCAGAAUCAGCUCUUUCAGGAUGGAGACUCAGAAGGAGGAAGACCCUUUUGUUGAAGCUUACAAGAAAUGCACUCAAAGCCCCUUUAUACAUCAACAGAGCAAUAGGGUCCAAAAGAACAUUAGAUCUUGGCCUACCAUAAAGAAUGAUGCAAACCCGUGUGAACUUGCUCUUCUUUGCCACUCAUGUCCUCAAGCCACAUAUAUAUACAAGGGCCUUGUCAUUAUUCCAUUAACAAAAACUGAUAGAAUGAGUCAACCAAAGGAUCAUUCAGCAAGAAAGGUAACCUUCUCGUGGGAAAAGAAGCCUGGUGUCUCCAAAGUAACCAGUACUCCUCAAGGUGAAACUCGCAUCCCAAAAGAGCAAGAGUUUUUGGCCAAGUUGCCACCCCCUCCUUGCACACCUGAAGAAGCCACUCCCAAAAGCCAUGUUCUUGAUUUCCAAAUUCCACUUCCUCCUUGUGCUUUUCAGCCUCCUUUUUAUAGAACUUCCUCCAAGAGGGGUCUCUGGGUUCAGGACAAAGACCCUUUCCUGGCAGCUUUCAAAGAGUGCACCAAGAAUCAGAAAAGUGCCAAGGUGAACAAAAAGUUGAUCAAAGAUGGAAUCGAGUCAAGGGUAAGGAAGAGCAUGUCCUUUUUCUCAUGCACCAGAUCUUGCACGGUUCGUGACACUAAUUUGCUCAGGAUCUCUAAUAUAGAUAAUGAUUGA